CCAGGUGCCUCAGCUAUGCAUGAGGAAGCGGCUGAAAUGAUUCCUAUUCAUAUAACUGACUUGAAAUUUGAAACAGUGAGACAAAAUUCCUCAUCUCAGAUUGUCUAGAAGACAACAAAGUUGCUGGAAAAAAUUGGUAGUGGAAGAUGUACUUGGGCAUAAGACAGGCCAUCUGCUCCUUCAUCUUAAGUGUUAAUAUAUUUAAUUAUAGAUUCUCAGCACUGUGGGACAUGUCGCAGCUGUUUUGGUUCUGACUGAAUGGUCUUUCCUGCAUCCUUCUCACGAUUGUGGUGAUAUUGGGCCAGUCUCCAAUAUUCCAGGAGCAUUGGUUGGACAACAUGGGAUCUGGUAGUUCUGUAAAUGCCAACUACAAGUACUCCCUGCAGAAGUCUGAAAACGCUUUCAAGGCAGCCGUCUUGAUCCAGCGGUGGUAUCGGCGCCAUGUUGCUCGGCUGGAAAUGCGCCGACGUUGCACCUGGAGAAUUUUUCAGUCCAUUGAGUAUGCUUGCGAGCAGGAUCAGAUCAAGCUUCACAACUUCUUCAGUUACCUCAUGGACCACUUCACGCCAAGCAGCAGUAAAGAGAGGGAUUUUAUCAGUCGCAUGUUCAUAAGUGGAGAAAGCUUCAAAGAGGCAGAGCUGGAAAAAUACUGUGACUAUGAAUCCAUGGAGGUGCCAGACUCCUACACUGGUCCCCAUCUCUCUUUCCCACUCCUUCCUGACCACGCGACUGCCUUGCUGGAAGCUUUCAAACAGAAACAACAGCUCCACGCUCGCUAUGUCUUAAACCUUCUGCAUGAGACCAGGAAGCACCUCAAGCAGUUGCCAAACAUCAGUCAUGUCUCCACCUGCUAUAGCGAGGAGGUCACCGUGUGCGGAGACCUGCACGGCCAGCUGGAUGACUUGUUCCUCAUAUUUUAUAAGAAUGGCCUUCCUUCCCCUUCCAAGUCCUACGUGUUCAACGGGGACUUCGUAGACAGAGGCAAACAGUCCCUCGAGAUCCUCAUCAUCCUCUUUACCUUCCUCUUGAUCUAUCCAAAGGAGGUUCACCUCAACCGUGGGAACCAUGAGGACCACAUGGUCAAUUUACGCUACGGUUUCACCAAGGAAGUAAUGCAGAAAUACAAGGUCCAUGGGAAGAAAAUCUUGAAGAUGAUUCAGAAUGUCUUCUGCUGGCUGCCCCUGGCCACCCUGAUUGAUCAGAAAGUCCUCAUAAUACAUGGGGGCAUCUCUGACACCACUGACCUGGACAUGCUUGAGAAAAUUCAAAGAAACAAAUUUAUUUCUGUCUUAAGAGGAAAGAAAAGAAAGGAGUCGAAUAGAAAUGUGGAAAUACAGGAAAUAAAUGGGGAGAGCAAAGCAGAGGCUGACCCAGCAGGGAACGAGGCAGCCCUCAGUUUAUGUCCGCAGCCCCGGCCAACCCAGGCUCCCAGCAUGGCCAACAAGCUGGAGUUCUCCAGAUGGGUCCGGCAGACGGUGCAGGAGCAAAUUGAGUGGUGCCGCCGGCUGGUGGACAUCAGCGAGUCGGAGGAGGAGGAGCUCACCUAUUCCAGCAUGGUCUCCUUGACGGAUUUGGAUGGGCCUUGCUGGACUCGCCAGGAGGAGUGGAAGCAGAUUUUAGACAUUCUCUGGAGUGACCCCAUGCCUCAGGAUGGCUGCAGAGUAAAUACGGUGCGAGGUGGUGGCUGCUACUUUGGGCCUGAUGUGACAGGGAAGAUCCUUGAGAAGUACAACUUGCAGUUCCUCAUCCGCUCCCAUGAGUGCAAGCAAGAGGGUUACGAGUUCUGUCACAACCGGAAGGUGCUGACCAUAUUUUCAGCCUCAAACUACUAUGAGAUUGGCAGCAACAGGGGAGCCUACGUCAAGCUGGGACCGGACCUCGUCCCCCAUUUUGUUCAGUACCAAGCGAACAAGACAGCCCAUACUCUCACAAUGACCCAAAGAAUCAGCAGAGUAGAGGAGUCAGCCUUUCGAGCCUUGCGGGAAAAGCUCUUUGCUCACACCUCAGCCCUCAUCAGCGCGUUCAAGGCCUACGAUAAGGACAAUACGGGAAGGAUCACGCUGAGCAACUGGGCAACGGCAGUGGAGUCAGUCUUGCACCUGGGAUUGCCCUGGCGAAUGCUGAGACCGCAGCUGGUGCGCAGCACGGCGGACGGCAUGCUGGAGUACAAGUCCUGGCUGGACGACUUGGCCAUGGAGCAGCGGAGCCAAGAGCACAUCCAGUCGAGCUUGCUGGAAGUCAUCUAUCGAAACAGAUCCAACUUGGAGACCAUAUUCAGGAUCAUAGACAGAGAUCAUUCAGGUCUCAUCUCAUUUGAGGAAUUCCAUCAAACCUGGAAGCUGUUCAGCUCUCACAUGAACAUUGAACUCACAGAGGAUGGCAUCAAUGACUUAGUUCGCAGCAUUGAUUUCAAUAAGGACGGAAACAUCGACUUCAAUGAGUUCCUAGAAGCCUUCCGCCUUGUCAAACAGUCCCAGUAGCGAGAAGCUGGUGAGGGUUGCCACGUCCAAUGCCUUGACUGUCUGUGAAGCCAGAGGGAUCACUUCCUUCCUAACCACAGAGCAUGCCUGCAGAUGCGAAGCAGGGAAAGGGAAGGCAGGUACCUGUAGCACUUGUUGGUUGAAAACAGUGACUGCCGUAGCCAACAGCUGUGAUCCACAUGGGGAAGGUAACAGGUAAAAUAGAUAAGCUGCACUUCAGUUCUGACCGGUUUUAAAAAGGAGCUGUAUUUGAAGUAGAAAUUCUUCCUCAAAGGGAAGAUACAACUUAGUUGAUCUUGUCAAUGCAUGUGAUGAAAUGUUACAGGUCUAUUCAAGUGUAGUAAAAUGGAAGGAAAGGUAUUUCUUGUAGGCAGUGUUGUAAGCUGGCAGAAAGUGCUAGAGCACAGCUUUCCACUUAAUAAACAGUUUUUUCUAGAUGUUUGUUUCUGGGCUGUUCAUGCCUUAUCUUGUUUGUCGACUCUGUUAGCGUGAUAGUACCUACUUCCCCUCUGUUGUCCCUUUGCUGUGAUAAGUUUGUUGUUUGAGGCUACAAAAUAUGUGCACUGGAGAAACAUUUUGAAAAAAAGACUAUAUCUCAAACACGCAAAACAGUCUCUAGCAGGGAGGCUUUUUUAAGAAAUCUAUUGAGACCAGUUCUUUUUCAAAGGCCACAGUACUAGAUCAAGUAACCCGCUGCUAGAGUCACUAUGCUGCAUAGUCUGGUCAAAAUAUUUUCAAAGCAUGGUACAAUUGCAAUUUAAAAAGCAGGGAGGGGGGUUGAAGAGUUUGAGAAAAAAACCCACACCUAUUGAUGGUGAACAUGCAGCAGAGUCACUCUAGCAGCAGCGCUAUGGUAAAAGACUUCACUUAGACUGCUACCCUGGCCCUUGAAAAAGAGAAUUUUAGCCUCAUUUGAUUUCUUAGUAGAACCUCUGCUAGAGCCUAUAUUGCACUUUUGAGAUAUUUUAUG